GAACACAGUUUACUGAGGCGGUAGCUUGAAAAAAGAGGCGGAUUUGUUCAAGUGGAAGGAGCCUGGCACUGUCAUGUGUUGUUUCUGAUCGACAUAAAACAGGAUGAGUUUCUUCACCCUCCACUCCUCUUCCCCAUCUCCUCAACCUGCCCCUCUUCCACUCUCCCCCUCCUCUUUGACUUGCUGUCCUGACCUCGACCUUUCGGUCGCACUCAGCCCCACCUCAAAGACUGGCCAUGCACAGCUGAAGCCUUUGCAGCAGAGUCAGCAGACUGACCAAAUACACGCGAAGCCACACUGCCAAGGACAGACAACAAGACAGAGGAACAUGCAGGUGUGUUUUGAAGAUCCGGUGGUGGUCACAGUAACACCGGAGCCCCGCGUCACACUGACAAGACACACCCCAAUUCAGCAGGCAGUCAGAGUGCUUGGUGGAGCCCUCAGACAGUUGGUGGAGCCUCAGGUUUCAACAUCCAGUGAAGAGCCAGGAUGUCUGGAGAGGGCGGAGUUAAAUACUACUCUGACCCUGAAAGCAGAGAUUCAGUCAUUGCAGGGGGCCGAGUUUAACUCCCAGAAGGCCAUUCAGGAGACUCUGCAGAGCUCAGAGAGAACCAAAAACCUAAUCCGUGCCAGAGCUACUGAAGGUAACACACAGGUAGUGAAUGUCUCGCACUCUCAGCUUCUCUUCACCUCACUGGUAAGCAUUGAUGUGCAGGAGGAUCAGCUAAUGAGUCAGGUGUUGCAUGAAAAGCUGCUGCUGGCCCCACGCCACUGCUACUAUGAGAGCAAGGUAGCAAAAGGUCCUUCCCUUCUUUUCUUCAUAACCUCUGACCUGCUGAGACAGAAGCCCCUCCCACUAGAGGAAGAGCCAGUCAAUGGCAGUCCCUGCCCAUCGUCACACCCUGCGGACUCCACCUUUGAUCUUUACAGACGACAGAGAUGCUGGGAGACCACACCUUGAUACACACAAGCUCUGAUUUGCUGGAGGCUCUAAGAUUCUUAUUAGCCAGAUUUUUUAAUCAUCCUGUCACUGUUUUAAUUAAGAAUGUAAACUGAAAUGUCAUAUAGUUUCUAUAACAGCACAUUGUUUUUUCUAUUAAAGUUUUUUCUUUUCAAAUACA